AGUCAAGGUAGGAAGAGCUAAAGUAAACCAUGAAAUUGUUAUACACUGUUAUAAUCUUGUGCCUAAUACAAUUGUUUGCAAUUAAACCAUUGGCAGCCAGCGUCAGCUCUAAUGAAACAUCAGUGAAGCGUAUGCUUUUGGAAUUCUGUAGAAAUGAAUUGAAAGUGAUAUCACUAGAUUUCUGUGAAAAAGCUAAAAUUUUCACUAGAAAAAUACUGCAAGAUGACAGAGUGCAGAAGGCGGCAACUCCAAAAAUGAGGGAGUUUAAACAGAAUCUAAUAGAUUUCCUACACGAUUAUCCUUCUUACAAACGUUAUGGUUUAAUCAAUGAGUUAGUUUUACUAUUUGAGGAGAAAUUUGACGAGCCUAGCAAUGACAAUGACUCCCAAUAUAUUUGGGAUUUGUUAUACAGGCAGGGUUUCGACGAACUAGAUAUUGACUAUGAAAGUAAAUAUGACAAAUUUGUGAAACAAAAAUUUCUACCUAAAUUUGAGGAUUUAAAGUCACAUUGGAACCAAGAUGAACUGAAGCAGCAUGACAACUUAAUACAGUGGUAUAAUGAGUUGAAAGAGUGCCAAGAUUAUGGCUGUCAAUCUAGACAUUUUAAUACACUGGUUAGAGAAGACAACACGCCAUACGAGCAGCUAUUUGAAUACAUACGUGAACAGCUGCAUUACAUUGAUAUAUUUUAUGGCAACAAUGCUCACGAUAUUUCCAAUAAAAUAUUAAAGGACAUAAACUUGUCCCAACUUAGUCCAGACAUAAGGCAACACUUGAUAAUUAAUAUUAGAGAGUUCAUUAUGCAAUUCGAAAGCAAUCAGGAUCUUUAUGAAUUGCUUAAUUUAAUAAAAUUUUUCUUUAACAACAUAUUACAGCAAUUCUACUAUAAUACGGAUGAUUUUACCGUACAGCAGCAUAAAUUGAUAGUGAAAAUCUUUAAUGACAAUGGUUUUGCUAAAUUUUUGUCCAAUUAUUAUAUGUUAUUCAAUGAUUUUAUGGAGCAGGGUCUUUUCAAGAAUUUUGAUGAGUUUCGAAAUGCCUUAAGUCCCGAAGAGUUGGCCAGUGACAAGAGCUUAAUCGAGUGUUUUGAUAAAUUAAAAGCUUUAAGCAGCUCUGACGAGAGAUAUGAUGAUUUUGGAACAUGCUUUGCUUUACUUCAGAGUAAAUUUAAUGAAAUAAAGUAAAUAUGUAUU